AAUUAAUAGGAAGAAGAAGGAAAAACAGCGGAGGCACAACUGCUGCCUGGCUUCCAUCAUUCAUUCUACAUCUACAAUGAAAAGCUUCCUCUCUUCCUAAAACAGCAGCAGCUUCAGCUCACAGUGCGGAAGCGCACAAGGACGGUUCUGCUCUUCAUACUCACUCAUCUCAUCUUUACGCUGAGAGACACCAACACAGUGCAGGUACUGGCAGAUAGAGCUUUGCUGCCAUGGCGAGUAAUCACAGUGGAUUGGCUGGAAGCGCACAGCUGUCUGUGUCAGGAGAACAGACAGAUGGACACAUUUAUGAGGUUGCAGUGCAGAACACCUCCACCAACCGCAGCUCCCAGUUUGCAGAUGUGGCUCUGCUGCAGACGUUCAAGCCCCUCAUCAUCCCCUGUUACGUGCUCAUCGUGAUGGUGGGAGUCUUUGGGAAUUACCUGCUCCUCUACGUCAUCUGCCGAACCCGCAAGAUGCACAAUGUCACCAACUUCUUCAUCGGAAACCUGGCCUUCUCUGACAUGCUCAUGUGUGUGACCUGCGUCCCUUUCACUCUCGCCUACGCCUUCAACCCACAUGGUUGGGUUUUUGGCCGCUGGAUGUGCUAUCUGGUGUUCCUCAUCCAGCCAGUCACAGUCUAUGUUUCAGUCUUCACGCUCACUGCUAUUGCUGUGGACAGAUAUUAUGCGACAGUUCAUCCCCUGAAGAAGCGUACCUCUGUGGCUACCUGUGCCUCCGUCCUCACUGGCAUCUGGCUGCUGUCCUGUGGACUGGUAGCUCCAGCAGUCACCCACACCUACCAUGUAGAGUUCAAAGAUGAAGGCUUCACCAUCUGUGAGGAAUUCUGGUUGGGUCAAGAGAAAGAAAGACGUGCUUAUGCAUACAGCACCCUGCUGGUCACAUAUGUCCUGCCAUUGUCAGCUGUCUUUGUCUCUUAUCUCUGUAUUACUGUCAAACUGAGGAACUGUGUUGCACCAGGCCACAGGACACAAGACCAGGCAGGUGCUCAACAAGCUCGUAAGAGAAAGAUCUUUCGCUUGGUUGCGCUCUUGGUGUCUGCCUUUGCGGUGUGUUGGCUUCCUAUUCAUGUAUUCAAUGUGCUGCGAGACAUAGACAUUCAUCUCAUUAACAAGCGCUACUUUUUACUUAUCCAACUGCUGUGCCACCUGUGUGCCAUGAGCUCAUCUUGUUGUAACCCCUUCCUCUAUGCAUGGCUACACGACCGCUUCCGUGCCGAGUUACGGAAGAUGUUCAAGUGCCAUCAUCGCAUUGGAGUGCCUGCCAAUCACUGUGCUGCCAGUGUGGUCUUGUAAUCACCUGGUGAAGAGAAUCCAUUGUCGUUAUUUUAGUGUUUAGUUGCCGAUUCAUCUUGAGUAAUGAGUGCAAGUGGAAACUUUGGCGCGUCACCAAACUAAUGAAGUUCAUCCUCUGUCAAGGCAAUCUAGCCAUUACUUAUGUGGCUCUUGAGAAGAAGUCUUUUGGGCAGCAUGAAGGUAUUCAGUCAGUUUAAUGGUAAUCUCCCCAUUAGACAUAUUAAAUUAAAAAGUAGAAACUUUGGUAGCAAUCAAAGGAGGGUGAAUUGGUGUUCUUCUGUGGACCAUGAAUAUCCACAGAUUUUAUUGCAAGCUAGUCAUUACUAGAUAUCUUGUGUAAAAAGUUGAUCAUUUGACCUAAGGCUGUCGCUAGGAGAAAGCUCAUACAAGGUCCAAACCAGAAAAGGGUUCAUCCACUGGGAAGCAUGAGUGUGCCCACUAAAUUUCACGGCAAUCUGCCACUUGGAUUUUGAUUUUUCAUCAGUGGGUCACUAAUAACAAUGUGACUUAUCCUCUGGGGACAUUUCAUGAAAAUCAGGCCAUGAGUUUUCAAGAUGUUUUGUCAUAAACCAUAGGAAACUUUCACAUUACAAUAUGUAUUACAGAAGAAAGGUCAAUGGGUCACUGAAAUCUAAAGAGGGUUGAAAAAGGUACUACUGGAGCAAGGAUUAUCAGCUAGGCUAAAAAAUAAUGUUUACUACAAAUUUCACUCUUUGUAGAUAAUUCAGCGCUGAUAAAAUAUGCCAAUAAAACUGAGAAAGCUGUGAGAGAAAACUGUGGAGAUGAAUGCUUGUGUAUCUGGAAUAUUUAAUGUAGUAUAUUGUACAUAUGUCCGCAUGCUUCACAUCUGACCUGUAUAUAAAGAUGAUUGUGAUUAAAAAAAAGAUGAGAUCUUAAGUGUGUCAGCAAGUCAGCUAGAUAAGAGUUGUGCAUGAUGAACAAAGUGUAGCUAUAUUGGAUAUGAAGAGGAAAUGAGACAGUCAGUUCAAAUUGUGUUUGUAAAUGGUCACUGCAGAUGUGAUUGUUUCCACCAGGGCACUGAUGUCAGAACUAAUCCUUGUGUGGUGCUCCUUCUUGGAGCCCCUGUGGAAUAAAUUUAAUUUAUGAACUUGCUCUCACGGGCUUUAAUUUUCUUAAAGCCUGUAGUUGAUGAUUAUGCACCUUAUUUCUGAUAGCACUGUAUAAUGGCUGUAGAAAAUUGUGGUGGUUGGGUUUGUGUUGCUUUCUGUGUUCUCUGCUAUUUUAGUUUUUAUUGCUUCUUGAGAUUUUGUACAAAAUGUCAUUUACAUGACAUAAAGGAGUAUUAAAGUCCUGAAGUAAUUAGAAUAUCCAGACAAUUUACCAAUGUGUUGUCAAGAACUGAUAACAGGCUGGUUGGUUGUUUUCACUGUCUUCAUUCCAGUUCCAUUAUUUAGUUUGCAUUAUAGCUGUCAUGUCACCUGUUCUGUAUUCUCUCCGUGCAUAUUUAUCUCUUUCCUGCAGGCGGGCAGGACAGAUUUGUCAUUGCAGCAGUAAUAACUCAACAAAGUCAACAAGUUUGAAGUGCUACUGCCACUAAAACUAUUAAACCUUCCCUCCUCAACAGUGGUGUGAAUGUAAAACACGUGUGCCUUUAUUUUUGCUCUUUUCUCCAUCACCAUUUUCUUGUAUGAAGGGACUCAGUGACUGAAUGGUUUUGGGUGCACAAUGUAUAUGGUGUACUCUGUCUUAUUACCACCAAACUGUUUGUAAAUUAUGUAUAUGAUUUGUGGUGUGACAUGCAAAAAAGGUAUCAUUUGAUCCGUAGACUGUACUAACAAUACACUGUGGAAAAUUGUGAAUAAAAAUAGAGAGCUCGAA